AUGGCGCCUGCGCAAGAGGUUGAGCCUCAUGCCAUCGACCGAACCCCCGAAUAUGAGGACUUUAUGAAACGUCUGCAAGACUAUCACAACGAACGUGGCACCCUACUAGACCCAGAGCCCAAGGUCGGCUUGACGCACAUCGAUCUCUACAAAGUCUUUAACCAUAUUGUCGCAAGCGGCGGCUAUGACAAAGUCUCAGAAGAAAAGUUGGCAUGGCGACGUAUGGCGGCCGAAUUGGGUCUUUUCUCGAACAAUGAAGCUUCAACCGCAUUUGCGUUGAAGGAGAAGUUCUACAAGAAUCUUGCUGCCUUCGAGAUCAAGACGGUCCAUGGAAAGGAGCCUCCACCAAAAGAGAUUCUUGAAGAUGUAACUGCCAAGGGAGCAAAUCUUCUAUCAAGAACUAUCGAUAACUUCCGAGGAAAGCGAGAGAGCAAUAUUGGCGGCAACGACUCUGCUGCGUCUGGAGAUGACGGUACACCAGCUCGCGAACGACCACCACCUACCGACGUUUCAUCUAGCGGUAGAGCGUCGCGCGGUCUUCGAGAAGCACCAGCACAGCGUGUCAUAUUUCAACCGGAUACUGGAUCGAGCCGCUCGACUAGACAAGCCAGCCAACACGCUGCCAACGCUCUUGCUUCUGGCGUAACUCAAUCUCAGGUUCCAAUCCCGCACAACGGUAUGCCGCCCAUGCCUCAAAGCACACAUAACGCGAGAGGUCCUUCCAUUAUGCAUCAUCCCGAACGUGGGGAGAAUACGUCGACAAUUGUCACAGCCUACCAGCCUCGUCACAUGAAGCCAUUGCAGUUGCGCGCUGUUCCCACCCCAAGCAAUGCGCCCACUGAAUUCAUUCACACUCGCCUGCCGCAUCGACUUGCACAACUAGCAAACCGACCGCCUAUGCUUCCUGGAACUGGUUUCGAAGGUCCGAAUAUCUAUACGAGAUGUCUGAAUGCUCUGCGAUCCCGAAUUCCCGAAGAACAGGCUUUUGCGCUUAAUCAUUUAGUUAAGAUUUCCUUCGAGCGAGGCGAUAAAUACAAGUUCGACUCCUUCCCUGGACUUGCCGAAGGGUUGGUUGACAAGGUGCUUGAAGUCGGACACCUGUUUUACCAUAUUACAUGGCGAGUUUCCUGGGAAGUCGAGGCAGACGACUCGGAAAUUGGAUGCCUGAAUGGUAAUCAGGGAACACCAGACAUCCUCGACAGAAUUGGUGGCCUCAUCGAGCGAGAUAUCCCUGACGCGCUCCAGACAGAGUCUUUUUUCGAUCAGAUGACGCUUAUCGCUGAAGCCAUGCUCACCAUUAGAAACAUGGUGACAUUGCCCGAGAACGCCUACAACAUGUCCGAGUUCCCACCGAUCAAGGAUUUGGUUUGCAUUGUUCUUCACCUUCCUUCCAGGGACUCCCUGGUUGAACUGAAGCACCUAGCUUUGGACAUUGCUGAGCAGAUCACGCCAUUCAUGGUUCUUGGCUCAGACGACCCUCUAUACCUCACUCUUCUGGGACAAAUGAUUUCUGAAGACAGAGGAACCAUUCUCACUGCCCUGCGUGCCCUGGGCCGCAUAUCCGUCAACUUGGAAGCCACAAACAGACUCGAUAACGUACCGGAAGAGAUUAUCCAGCGCAUACUGAGCUGGCUUCUGCUCAACGAUGACGAGUUGACCGAUGCAUGCCUAGACUUCCUUUACCAGUACACUGCCGUUGUGCCGAAUGUUGAACACAUGAUUCACGCCAUCCAACCGGAAGCGCUUGUGGACCAGCUCGUACGCCUACUUGCCCACGGUGCCCGCAAAGUACAGCACGACUUCAUCAUUACCCCGGAGCAGCGUUUGCCCUCACGAAAUGAAGUUGCCCCGAUGCCUGCCGAUCUUCUCACUGAAAUGCUUAAGCUGGAAGAGCCAGACCGUGUGCAUCAAUGGGUUAAGUGCUUCUUUGAAGAGGAUGGCGAGUCUUUUGUGACACAGCUUGCAGCCUGGCAGGCAUACCAGAACGCCUUUGUUGGGCCUCUCAAGGCUAUUGGCCAGACUAUGAUCACUCCGGCCGACUUUAUUAGAAAUAGUACGUCGGUGUACCCCGGCUCCAAUGCCCAGGUCCUUCGUGAGCAAGGCGACGGUCAACAAAAGUUCAUUAUCCACGGCAUUCGUGCACGCGCGCGUCCCAUGAGCCUGACUGGAAAGGAAUAUGGACGCUGCUUGUGGGCAUCGGAUCCGGCAAAGAAGAAUGCCAAGUGCGGUCGAUUUUGCCUGACGGCUGAGCAGAUGUGGAACCACGUCGUUGAUGAGCAUCUGGGCGCACAGAAGAACGAAGAGGGCCAAUACCAGAAUGUCGAGCAAGACUUCCUGUGCACAUGGGGCGAUUGUUCUCGAUACAGUGAGCCGACCCGUAUGCACCUGCAAGACUUUGCCAGACACGUCAUGUCUCAUAUCUCAGCAGUCCUAUCCACGGAAUCGCCCAAGAAGCAAGCGUGGCUGAUUCCAGCAAAGACAAUGACGGUAACCUUUGAAGAGACCAUGACUAUGUUGGACGAACGAAACCCUCGUCUGCCUCCUCAGGCAGCCGGCAUUCCGCUCAGCGCUGUUCUAGUGCUGCGCAAUAUUGCCCGCAACAUUGUCAAGACGGAAUCCGAAGAAGAGCUCCUUAAGCAACAAAAGAGCAACGGAAAAAAGGGUGGCUGGAACGAGAAGCUGUUCCGAGCCUAUCAACCUCGUCUAUUUGAGAUUCUAGCCGAGAACAGACCAAUGAGUCAAUACAUUGCUUCGCUUCUGGAGCUCAUCGCUGUCGAAGUAGACGACUCCGACUCCGACUAG